AUGAAGAAAUUAGAAGGCAGGACCACAAAUAUGGAGAAGGCAGCUAAAGAAAUUCAAAUGGAAAACACAGGACAAUCAGAAAAUCCUAGUGCAGCAAAACAGUGCCCUUCAACUGAAGAACAGGCAGAAAAACUCACAAUGUUUUGCUUUAAGAAAAGAAAGAAGUCAUGUAAGAAGACAUUGGAGAUGAAAGGUGUCUGUGAAGAAGACUCUGUAACCUUGAAACAUACAAGCCAAUCCAUCAAUUCAGCCCCUGGAGAAGGGGAAGUUUCUAACCAAUCUCAGUCAUCAAGGGGAGCCUGGGCAACUAUAAAACGUCUAGUGAUACCUAAGAGACGGUCAAAAUCUUCAAGGAAGCAGACACACUCUGAUUCUCAAGUGCAACUGGAGAUAAAUACCAAGGAUCCUGGCUUGCAAAGUUUUCCAAAGAAUCGGGUUAGUUCUGGGCUUAAAAUUCCCUGUAUACGGUUCUCAAGAGGCAAGAAAAAACCCAGCCAUUCUGAAAUAACAGAAGAAUCAGAUUGCAGUGUUAAAGCAAAUGAACUGAUGGGCAUUUUGAAUAAAGCUAACAGUGAACCAGAGGAUUUGGCAAUAACAGUCAAAUCUAGCAUGGAUCAAUCCUUCAGCCAAGCCUCUGAAAAAAGUGACAGGAACUCACUUAAUUCCACUGGGAAGAAUGCGCUUUUGGUAGAGUCCAGACCAGACACUGAUCAACACACACAGUGCAUCGUUCAGUCAGAAAUAACAACUCCAGAGGCAGUUGCUAUAAUGCUCCAGGAAAAGCUACACCAGAAGAGCCUACAUGAAACUCCUGAACAUACACCUGUAGCAAACAAGGGAGUUGAUCUCAAAACCACCCUUAGUGCUAAUGUUUCUAAGGACCUACCAGAUAAUGUAGCUGAAGCCACAGAGGUACAAGAAACAAAUAACAUCGAUGACGCAGGGAUUGAAUAUAAAGAGUCUGGAAGGAACAUAAAUGCUAGUGAAGACUGUCAAUCCAGAGAGAGAAUAAUGAGUUUCAAUCAGUCAGCAUUUAAAGAUGAUGCAGUAAGCGUGCAGAGCUGUUUAAGUGAACAAUUGAAAUUAGAAGAAAACAAGCUCACUAGUGGAGUGAGCAUUGUGAUUACAAUUACUGAAGCAGAUGAUGAGCCUGAUGAAGAGGAGUCAAACCAGGACUGCAAGCUGUCCUCAAUUACAUGUGAACAUAAGCAAAAGGGGAAUAAAAAAAUAAAUGGGAACCUCAAUUUCAGUAAACUUUCUAAUCGCAAAGAGGGCAUAGUAGCAGGCAGUGGCCAUAGGAGAGAGGCUAAAGUCUGUUCUCCUGCUCGGUCACCCAAUGGUCUUAGUGAUCAGGAGCACGGAACUUCAGAACAGUAUGAAUUGCUUCUGAUAGAAACUGCUGCUUCACUCGUUAAGGCAGCGAUUCAGUCAUCUAUAGAACAGCUGGUUAAUGAAAUGGCUUUGGACCAUAGUAAACAUAACAGUGUUCUGUAA